GGAGUUUGCUUUACAUCCGUCUCCCCGCCUCGCAGAGUUGGGAGAAGGAAGGCUGGGGGGUGUGGAAAAAUAAAAAGGAAAAGUCCUUGCACCAUGUAGACCAACGUCCCCCUCCCCUGGCACCAAGCUGGCCGGGGACCUCCCAACCUGCGACCAUGAAUGCGAGCGGCGAGGGCGAGAGCUUCCCCGGCUCGGUGCAAAUUCCAGGUGGCACAACGGUGCUGGUUGAGCUGACUCCUGACAUCCAUAUCUGCGGCAUCUGCAAGCAGCAGUUUAACAACCUGGAUGCUUUUGUGGCUCAUAAGCAGAGUGGCUGCCAGCUGACCAGCACAUCUGGGGCGGCCCCCAGUACGGUCCAGUUUGUUUCAGAGGAAACAGUGCCUGCCACCCAGACCCAGACCACCACCAGAACCAUCACCUCAGAGACCCAGACCAUCACAGUUUCAGCUCCAGAAUUUGUUUUUGAACAUGGCUACCAAACAUACCUGCCCACAGAAAGCAAUGAAAACCAAACAGCCACUGUCAUCUCUCUGCCCACCAAGUCACGUGCCAAAAGGCCCGCAGCCUCACCUGCUCAGAAAAGGCUUAACUGUUGCUAUCCAGGUUGCCAGUUCAAGACUGCCUAUGGCAUGAAAGACAUGGAGCGGCAUUUAAAAAUUCACACUGGAGACAAACCCCACAAAUGUGAAGUCUGCGGCAAGUGUUUUAGCCGCAAGGACAAGUUAAAGACCCACAUGCGGUGCCACACAGGUGUGAAGCCCUACAAGUGCAAGACUUGUGACUAUGCGGCGGCUGACAGCAGCAGCCUUAACAAACACCUGCGGAUCCACUCAGAUGAGCGACCCUUUAAAUGCCAAAUCUGCCCCUACGCCAGCCGCAACUCCAGCCAGCUCACUGUGCACCUCCGCUCCCACACAGCUUCAGAACUAGACAAUGAUGUAACAAAGCCAGCUUGCCCCUCCACUGAUGACAGUGAUGCCCAGAAAGUUCCUGUCCCUGUCCUUCCUGCAGAGGCCAGGGAACAAACAGCCACCCUUGGAGAGAGAACAUUCAACUGUUGUUAUCCAGGUUGCCGCUUCAGAACUGUUCAUGGCAUGAAAGAUUUGGAUCGCCACCAAAGAAUUCACACAGGAGACAAGCCACACAAGUGUGAAUUCUGUGACAAGUGCUUCAGUCGGAAAGACAACCUCACCAUGCACAUGCGGUGCCACACCAGUGUGAAGCCCCAUAAGUGUCACCUAUGUGACUAUGCAGCUGUGGACAGCAGCAGUCUCAAAAAGCACCUUCGCAUCCACUCAGAUGAGCGGCCGUACAAAUGCCAGCUGUGCCCCUAUGCCAGCCGCAACUCCAGCCAGCUCACAGUGCACCUCCGCUCCCAUACAGGGGAUACCCCCUUCCAGUGCUGGCUCUGUAGCGCCAAGUUCAAAAUCAGCUCGGACUUGAAAAGGCACAUGAUCGUGCACUCAGGGGAGAAACCUUUCAAAUGCGAAUUCUGUGACGUCCGCUGCACCAUGAAGGCCAACCUCAAGUCACACAUCCGCAUCAAGCACACCUUCAAGUGCCUGCACUGCACCUUCCAGGGCCAGGACCGGGCCGACCUCCUGGAGCACAGUCGGGUCCACCAGGCUGACCACCCUGAGAAGUGUCCCGAGUGUAGCUACUCCUGCUCCAGUGCCGUCGCCCUGCGUGUGCACAGCCGUGUCCACAGCAAGGACCGUCCCUUCAAGUGCGACUUCUGUAGCUUCGACACCAAGCGGUCCAGCAGCCUGGCCAAGCACAUAGACAAGGUCCACAAGGACGAGGCCAAGACAGAGAACAGAGCCCCACAGGGCAAAGAAGGACCCAGGGAAGGAGGCUCCCAGCGUGUGUCUAAAAUAGUGACCCAGCGGGCUUUCCGCUGUGAGAUCUGUGGUGCCUCCUUUGUCAGGAAUGACUCUCUCAGAUGCCAUAAGAAGCAGCACAGUGACCAGAGUGAGAGCAAAAACUCCAACUUGGUCACCUUCCCCCCUGAAAACACCGUGUCAGGACAGUUGGGCACCCUGGUUUCUGUGGGGCAGCUUGAGACAUCCUUGGACCCCGGCCAGUGCCUCUAAUUCAGCCAAAGAAUAAUAGCCAGCUGUUGGACUUUGCAGGAGAAUGCUGUUACCUAGUCUUCUUAAGUAAGACUAGUCAGCUCCAGCUAGCCGUCACAGCACCGGGGAUGGUGACUUUAUAGCCACCUUGAGGGGACAGGGCUAUACAUCAGUGUGGUGUGGGGACAGAUGCCAGAGCAACACUACUUACACUGAUGUCUUCGCUCCAGGGCUCACUGAAACAAGGUGGCUCAGUCGUUCAAAGGUAGGAGGCCACUGAGCACCUCUCUAUCCAAUGGAUAAACUCACCGUGGAUUUCAAGUUCUAACACUGAUCUGCUGCUGAUGGAAUCACAAAGCUUUCAGAGCCCAUGAAAAGUGAAGCUAAACUGAUCUGUAGAGUGGAGAAGGUUGAGAUGAGGACCAUGUGUAUGUGGAGGGCCUGAGAUAGCUGGGAAAGUUCUGUUUCUUAACCUUGGUGGUGGUUACAAGAGUAUUUGCCUUAUACAUUUUUGUGUGUGGUUCCUUUUGUGUGUUGUCUUAAAAUAAAAAAGGAAAAAUCAUA